CCCCACCCACAUUGUGAAAUCCAUUCUAUCCUCUAUACUUCGUGCCCACGCUAGAUCUUGACACUCUCGUCAAUUCAUCUCAAAUCAAUAGCAUAACAUAACAUACGUUUUGUUUGCCUUUCGAUUCGUCUGUACCCAUGAGUCUCUAACCUCGAGCCCUCCCAAUUUCACCUUUUCUGGGUGCUUCGGCAUUGACAAAGAUUCCUACGGUUUUCCUCAAACUCCCAUCAUGGCUGUCGUUCUUCCAUCCGACGACAACGGUUACUUCGCCGGCUCCGGCCUACGACGCUCACAUUCUCACUCCAACUUCAUCUCAUCGACUUCACCAUUUCCCACUUCCUCUCACCUUAGCGAUCAUUACAAGCCUACAUCCAAGUCUUACGCCGAAUCUAACUCAUCAUCUGCUCCCUCGUCUCCCCGUACCGUCCACGCCGACUCUGUCGAUCUUUCCUACGCAUCUACUCCUGCCACUAAUCUCUCUAUUGCCUCUGACUACGACGACAACAUUGGACUUGCUGAAUCACCUGAAGACCACUUCAUGUUUCCAUCCUUUGCGCAGGAGAAGUUUUACGUUCACCCAGAGAUCCGCCCUGAAAUCCACCAUGAUGACAACCUAGAGCCACCACCCAGUCCCCGAACCGGCGACUCUUAUACUGUUUCUCCCGCAGAACACGAGAACUCUGAAGAGGUAUCUGAUGAUACAUCAAGGCCCGAAACACCUGAACAUGAAAAGUCUGAACAUGCAGAGGACGACACUGCAGUGUCAAGUCGACCAUCCCGCCAAGUGGAUUACCUAUCUCAUGAGUGGAGAGAGGAGGAUAUCUGGUCGUCAUGGCGAUAUGUCGUCACUCGACGGGGGGAGUUCCCCAACAGUGCUCGGUUGGAAAAUGCUUCUUGGAGGACCUGGAUGAAGGCCAAAAACAACCUGAAGACCAUCUCUCCCGAAUCUCUCAACUGGCUUAAGGAUUGUGAUGUCACCUGGCUCUAUGGCCCAUUGCAGUCAGGACCCAAGAACCUCCAUCCUACGCACACUGAGCCUUCAAGCGUGUCGUUAUCCAAAGCUGACUCACUGGUCAACCUCAACAAGAAGCCUAUCCUCAAGAAGAGAAGCAUGUCCGAAGUGAUGCUUCAGCGAUCACUGUCUACAGCUUCAUUAUUGAAGCAGGCCACUGCAGCUGUCAAGGCCCAAGAGACAAGAGGAAUUCUUCGACCCCAUCUUGGUCGCUCAUCAACAGAUUACUUCGCCUAUCCCUUCGCAUCACGUCGGUUGAGCGGAGACAGCAGCAGCGUCGCUCCUUCAGUCGAGUCAUCUGGAAUCAUUUCUCCCAACUCGGAGCGAAAACACAUUCAUUUCAAUGAGCAAGUCGAGCAAUGUAUAGCUGUCGAAGCCAAGGGCGAAGAUGAGGAUGAAAUGAUUGAUGAGCACUUUGGCUCAGACAGCGACUCAGAUGAUGGUGUCAUGAUGAAACGAGUUAAGACCAAAAAGAGGCCCAUUUCUCGACGCAAGACUAUGAAGUCAAAGCCAGCUGCUGAAGGCAAGACAAUCGCUAUGCUGCCGUCCACCACCCUCAAAUACCGGGAAGACACUCCUGAGCCACGAGAGACUGCAAUGAAGCACUCCCGAAGCCCUCUCAUGUCUCCUUCAUCUUCACAGGAGACACUACGACCUACCAAACAAUCAGGAAAGUUCUUUUUCGGUGAGGAAGACCACGAUGAUGGUCUUGACGACGCUUUGUUAAGUCCCCGCUCAGGGUGGGCAUCACCUCCCAACGAAGGCGCCAAUGGCGGUCUGAGCAGAUCCAUCUCGUCAGGCAGUCUUUGUGAGGAGCCUGCGGGUAUGCGACGCACACCAUCCGGUAUGUUCAUGCCUUUUGAGGAAGGCGAAAUACAAUCCGGAGACGGCAUUUUCGGUCGAGUUAUUGACACAGUCAAUACAGCCCGUGAUAUCGCCCACGUUAUUUGGAACGUUGGCUGGAGGAAGUAAUGGGUACACAAGCGUUCGACUUUCUUUUAGCGACGCGAUUGGAAUUUGAACAAGCUCAUAAGCUUGUGACUCACUUAGUGUGAGCUGAAACGACGCCAUGACAACAUAAAAAAAAGCGCAUCUAUAUAUGGGAAUUUCGGAGAUAAU